GCAACUGCAACAGAUCUUACGUUUUUGAUAGCAACCCCCAUCUCUCAAGCGCAGAGCUUUCUCCUCCAGCCAAAACCCGCUGUUUGACGUACAUGAUUUACUGGCAAAAUCUAAUGGUAAACCCGAUGAUUGAGAGAAGCCUAAGGAAGCUUCGAGUUUGACUGAUCCAAGCGAGAGAAGAGAUGAUAGGACGCAUCCAUCAAGAGUCAUUCCAGGCCUAAUUCAGCGGGUGAUGGCGUGGAAGUGAUGGUGCGAAUGAAUUCCUUCUGCUGUUCUGCAUCAUGGUCGUGCCUUUGGCCUUCAGAUCUGCAUCUUUGGGCGGACGAAUCCACCGUGGUACAGUAUUGGUAUUGGUGGAGUCUUUCCGCCUUUAGAUCUAUAUCGCACGCACUCAUCCCUCCCUAGAUCUACGUUCCGAGCCAGCCAACCAUCCACAAACUGAGUGCUGUGGACGCUGUGGCGCAGGCUCAAGCCUUGGCCGCUCUGCUUGGUUUUCAACGAACAUGUUUUGAAAAGCAGCAAACAAGAUCUAUCAAGGAAAAGUGAAAGAAAGCAUCCGGGUGGAGCAGGAAGAAACAGAACGGUUCUGUUGCCAGUGAUUGUGCCUAUGAAACAAACCUUUACAGGGGGCUACAGGGAAACUUGUGAGAUUUCUGCUAUAUUUUUAAUUUUAUUUUUUUUUCUUCUUUUCAAACUUUUAGUAUGCAUUAAAAAAAUGAUAAUGAUAGAACCAGUGUUGCAGAAGGCCCGAACCUCGUGCUUACAUUCUAUUUUUAUUUAAUGUUAAAAAAAAAAUCCAAAAUAAUGUUAAAAAAAUUCCAAUUUAAAACCAGAAAAGCAAAACUAGAUAGAUGGAUAGAUAGAAGUAUCGGAUUUAAGAUUAAUGAAAUUUUAAAAACAUAAAGAACACAUCCUAAUUUAGUAACAGUGAUAAAAUAGUUAAGAGUGAAUCUUUCAAUCAAAAUGGAGUGACACUGAACAAUGAUAUUAGUAGCAGAAAGCAGCUAUUAUAAAAAAUUUUUGAAUUCAACCAAUACAAAGAACAUGUUGUAGAGAAAUGAAAAUAAAAGGACACUUUGUAACUUAAUUAAACAUAGCAAAGAAUCCUAUGAACAAUGAGAAUCCCUUGAUGUUGCUGCAUCCCCCAAACUCCUUUAGAAAAACACUAACAACUAUAUAAAGAUUCAAAUCUUACGUUUUUGAUAGCAACCCCCAUCUCUCAAGCGCAGAGCUUUCUCCUCCAGCCAAAACCCGCUGUUUGACGUACAUGAUUUACUGGCAAAAUCUAAUGGUAAACCCGAUGAUUGAGAGAAGCCUAAGGAAGCUUCGAGUUUGACUGAUCCAAGCGAGAGAAGAGAUGAUAGGACGCAUCCAUCAAGAGUCAUUCCAGGCCUAAUUCAGCGGGUGAUGGCGUGGAAGUGAUGGUGCGAAUGAAUUCCUUCUGCUGUUCUGCAUCAUGGUCGUGCCUUUGGCCUUCAGAUCUGCAUCUUUGGGCGGACGAAUCCACCGUGGUACAGUAUUGGUAUUGGUGGAGUCUUUCCGCCUUUAGAUCUAUAUCGCACGCACUCAUCCCUCCCUAGAUCUACGUUCCGAGCCAGCCAACCAUCCACAAACUGAGUACUGUAGACGCUGUGCGCAGGCUCAAGCCUUGGCCGCUCUGCUUGGUUUUCAACGAACAUGUUUUGAAAAGCAGCAAACAAGAUCUAUCAAGGAAAAGUGAAAGAAAGCAUCCGGGUGGAGCAGGAAGAAACAGAACGGUUCUGUUGCCAGUGAUUGUGCCUAUGAAACAAACCUUUACAGGGGGCUACAGGGAAACUUGUGAGAUUUCUGCUAUAUUUUUAAUUUUAUUUUUUUUUCUUCUUUUCAAACUUUUAGUAUGCAUUAAAAAAAUGAUAAUGAUAGAACCAGUGUUGCAGAAGGCCCGAACCUCGUGCUUACAUUCUAUUUUUAUUUAAUGUUAAAAAAAAAAUCCAAAAUAAUGUUAAAAAAAUUCCAAUUUAAAACCAGAAAAGCAAAACUAGAUAGAUGGAUAGAUAGAAGUAUCGGAUUUAAGAUUAAUGAAAUUUUAAAAACAUAAAGAACACAUCCUAAUUUAGUAACAGUGAUAAAAUAGUUAAGAGUGAAUCUUUCAAUCAAAAUGGAGUGACACUGAACAGUGAUAUUAGUAGCAGAAAGCAGCUAUUAUAAAAAAUUUUUGGUUAAAUUAUGCAUGAGAUCACCAACCGUGCAACAUAAAGGGUUCAAGAAUACAUCAAUUCUUUUCUUUCAUAACAAAAUUUAACCCAUAAUUUAACCACUUGAUUGAAUAACCCAAAAAGAUUAUACUUACUGAUCUCAACGAAGUUUACUUUCUUCUAAAUUAUUUAUACAUGGAACAAAACAAACAUAUCAAGUGUUCAACUAUCUUUCAUAGAAAACUAAGUGUGGCGAUAAAGAAAAAAAAAAAAAAUCAAAAAUCCCAAUGAAAAUCAAAUAACUAAACAAUAAACUUUUAGAAUUCAA